AGAGUAUCUUUUACAACUCGCGGCAACAGAAUGUCGGUUCCAAAUGUCAAACUAAAUACUGGAUAUGGUAUGCCUAUAUUAGGAUUCGGAACAUGGCAGUCUGAAAAAGGUGUAGUGGGAGCUGCUGUAAAGUCCGCAUUGAAUGUUGGAUACCGGCAUAUAGAUUGCGCGUGGGUUUACGGGAAUGAAAAAGAAAUUGGUGAUGCGUUGGAAGAAACUUUUAAAGAAGGCAAAAUUAAAAGAGAAGAUUUGUUUUUGACCAGCAAGUUAUGGAAUAUAUUUCACGACCCAGAAGACGUCGAGGAUUCGCUUCGCGAAACAUUGAAAUUUUUGCAAACUGACUAUUUAGAUCUGUAUUUGAUGCAUUGGCCAUUCUCUUUCUUUAAAAACGAUAACAGAGAUAUAUUACCAAAGGAUGGCGACGACAAAGUUAUGAACACUUAUAUUCAUUAUCUGGACACCUGGAAGGCCAUGGAAAAUUGUCAGAAAAAAGGUUUGGUUCGCAGCAUAGGUGUGUCCAACUUCAAUGAGUAUCAAAUAAACAAAAUCAUCAAAGGGGGAUCAAUUGUACCAGCAGUUCAUCAAAUUGAAUGUCAUCCAUAUUUGAAUGAGGAAACGCACAUUAAGUACUGCAAAGAUAAUGGAAUUGCAGUUACAGCUUAUGCACCACUAGGAUCUCCAAAAAGGCCAUGGGGAACAGCUGAAGAGCCCGUUGUUCUUAAUGAUCCUGUGUUAAAAAAGAUAGCAGACAAAUAUGGAAAAACUCCCGCACAUGUUGCUAUCAAAUUUCAAAUGCAAAGAGGAGUGAUUGUUAUUCCAAAAAGCGUUACUCCAGCAAGAAUUUCAAGCAAUUUUGAGGUUUUCGAUUUUGAAUUGAGCAACGAUGACAUGGAUGGAAUUAGAGGAGUCAAUAGAAAUUGGAGAGGAUUGAGCUUUGACUGGGCUGCUAAAAGUCACAAGUAUUGGGCUUACCACCCAAACUACUCUGAAGAUUAAACUCAAAAUGGAAAAGGGAGAAGAACAAAAACUCAACAAUAAAUGUUGCCGAGUAGAAUGGAUGGAUGAAUGAAUAAAUUUGAUUCUCAUUUGUAUAAUUUUGAUUGAAAACAGACGAUUUUGUUUAUUUCCCAAAUUAUUCAUGCAUCAAUGUCAAUACCGUAUCACGGCAAAAUGUUUUAGAAAAUAACAAUUGGAACCGUGAGAUAAAUAUUGUCGUACUCUUUGUUCAAGGCUCGAGUAAACUUUAUUUUGUACAUACCAUACUCCCUUAUAGUCUUAAAGAAGUUAUCUAUCGUCUGAAAUCAAAACUGCAGAAAGGAAUAUGGUGUCCAACGAAAGCAUACUACAAAGAGGGAAAAUGCACCAAAUAAAAGGUAAUAGCAUAUUUCAGGAAUUCAAAACGUACUCGUGGGCUCUCACCUCUCAGUUCGCGUAAUGUUGACUAUAGCCCGGCAUUCCCGAGGUCCUAUCGAGAUGAAAGACGGUUUGGUUGAAAGAGUAUUUGUUUUCGCGGUGGGUAAAGUUCUAAGAAUGUCAAUUUUCGACUGAGUUGGCAAGAAUAUAGUGACAAAUUGUAAUACCAUUGAAUUCUUCUUGAAGAUCAGCGCGUUUUCGCUGCUGUCAUUGAAACAAAACAUCAAUCAGAACUUUCAGUGAAACGCAUAUUACUAGGGAGGCAGGAUAACUCACGUGAGAAAUUUUAUCCUGAUAGAUCCAUUCGUUUAGAUUCUAUGGCUAAACGACUAAGAAUAGAAGGCUUCUGUAGAACGAGUUUCAAAAUAUAUGGUACUUCGCUACACGAAACAAAUAUAACUAUGUUUGAGCGAAAAGAGGUCCUAACGCUCAGUGAGUCAUUGCCCUGAAUACGUGGGUCGAAAUUUCUAACGACCUUACCAUAAAACAACUAUGUUUCGCUUUUUCGGCAAACUAGAUCUAGAUUUGGUUAUAAUAGGAUUCAUUUCAAAGCAAGCCAUAU